UCCCUGACUCCCCCGCGAUGUCGCGUGCGGCCACUAGAUUUUUCCUGACGCGGUCGCUGCUCCCACUUCCCCUCCCAAAGUGGCAGCGGCGGCGGGGGCGGCUGGGGUCUAGCAUUCUCGCGGCGAGGGCUUUCUCCAUGGCGGCCUCGGGGUUCGGGGGUGGCGAUACGUUCCGGCUCUCGGCCGCGCCGGGUGCCGGCGCGCUGAAGCUGCACAAGGGCGACAUCACCCUCUGGACCGUCGACGGCGCCACUGACGCCAUCGUUAAUGCUGCUAAUGAGCGUAUGCUAGGAGGUGGAGGUGUUGAUGGAGCUAUACAUCGAGCUGCUGGAUCAGAAUUAGUAGAAGCAUGCCGCAAAGUUCCAGAGGUCAAACCAGGAGUUCGUUGCCCGACUGGAGAAGCUAGGAUUACUCCAGCUUUCAAGCUUCCUGUGUCCCGAGUGAUUCACACUGUUGGGCCCAUAUAUGACAUGGACAAGCAUCCUGAGGUGUCACUAAAGAAUGCCUAUGAAAAUAGUUUGAAGCUUGCUAAAGAGAAUGGCAUUCAGUAUAUUGCAUUCCCUGCUAUAUCUUGUGGUAUUUUCCGUUAUCCUCCCGAAGAAGCGUCAAAAAUAGCUGUUUCUACUGCACAACAAUUUUCAGAUGAUAUCAAAGAGGUGCAUUUUGUUCUGUUUUCGGAUGAUCUGUAUGAGAUUUGGCGCAAGACUGCUCAGGAGAUGCUUUCACAAUUUGAGAAAUGAAUGGUCUUAUAGUUUAUGAUGGCUGCUAUCCUGUGUAACAAUACAACUAUAUGAUUGUAUCGAACGACAUUUUAAUCUUUAACCAUGUCUUGCACUUGUGGUAUAACGUCCAAUGAAUAAGGUUUGGCGAAAUUGAGAAGCGCUUUCAAUUAUUAGUCACUUUAUUUUAUA